UCAAGCACUACUUUUUCCAACCUCUUUUGUUCCUGCGGUGUACGCGCGGUCUUCCCCAUUCGCUACGGGCGCUGCUGCAAUGCCGGCGGCGACCACGAUGUACCCGUUCACGUGCUGCGCCUUCCUGAUCAGCUUUCCUGUCGCACUCGUCGCCAAUCCUGGCAUCGACGAUGCGAGCCACAGACUCAGGGCCCCAUGGCAGCGCACCGCCACCAACUUAACCGUUCCCAGCUUGCCGGCAGAGAUCCAGUGCUUGAUUUGGCAGGGCGACGAGAACGGCUGCGGCGCGAUCCGGAACAAGGAGCUUUGCCUGAGGAGCGUAGACGGCCGGCCCUGGAGACAGUGGAGAGGGCACAAGAUCUACGGCCAACCGUGCGCCUGGUGCGAUGGCGACAAUUGCACGGCUAACGACGACAAGGUGUGCAUGCCUGCAGAUUGGGUGAAGGACCAGCCCUGGGUGACCGUGGCCAACUGCAGCAGGCCGUCCGACCGCACGGUCAUCGAACGCGUGCCGCAGGUGCAGGCGGCGGCGGCGGCGGCCGGGAGCGUUGGGCUCCAGGACGCUGGCCACCCCGACUUUGCCUGCGGAGCCCCACACGCCGCGGCCUCGUCGAUGGCGAACAACUUCUUCUACACCUUCACUGCAGGCUCUUUGGACCAAUGCAAGCUGCUGUGCUCCUCGAAGAAGUACUGUCAGGGCCUGGAGUACCAGGCCCGCGACGGCGUGUGCAUGCUUUGGUGGAACACGAUCCAGUCCAUGGAGCCGAAGCUUGGUCACACGUGCGCCCCCACGCGAUCGGGACAAGAGGACUGUCAGGCUUGCACUUCAUCUUGCGCGCGUGACUUUGAUGGUGCAUCCUCGCACGCGGCGGCAACACCAGCGGCUUCGUCUUGGCCGUGGAUGGCCUCUUCGAGGCCGCUUCUACCAGUACCACGACCUCGACCAGCUCGAACCCGACGUCCACCAGCGCCCUGCUGGUGCCAGCUGGCACGGCGCAGGAGGCGGCUCCCGCACGGGAGGCGUCGGAGGGCGCGGCGCCGAAGGCCCUGCACGUGGACGACCCCAGCAGGGCUCUGCCGAGCUCCGGCGCCCUGGACAUGCGCAGCACGCUCACCACGACCGUGGCCAGUCUCGUCAAUGCCAACUCGACUCCUGCAGAGGCCGUCAACUCGACGCUGAUUUCCACCAGCGCGAGCAACACUACCAACGCGAG